UUGUUCUUUCCAACUACACUCCUCUAAUCCCGCCCAGUUGGAACCUUUUUGACAUUUUCUCCUGGACUGUCUCAGAAGAUGGAGUCCUGACCCUCCAAGCAGUGAAUGCUACCAGCUGGCGCCACUCCAGCCAAAGGGAGGUGAGGGGGCAGUGGUAUUUUCUACUCCAGACUUGCCAAGGAAAGCCUGUUUGUUUUCCAGCCCGGUGCCACACAGGUCCCUGUGUUGGGUGACAGACUGUCAGACCCUGUAUAGGAACCAAGGGCUCUUCAGCUGAGUCAGGUGCUAAACCCCGGCUUUGGGAUGCAGGGUGAUGACUGCUGAGUCAUGCUGGCAGGUGCUGAGCUCGUCCUGUCUGCGCAGCUGUCAGCCUGGCCAGAGGAAGAAACCCCAUGACUUUCUGCCUCUGAACUGCUGCUACGACUGUGACAAGUGUGAAGCAGGGACUUACAGCAACGGCUCGGCCAUUCAGAACUGUUGGCCCUGCCCUUUGAGCGAAUGGUCAGAAAGGGGAAGCACGUCAUGCUGGCCAAAGAGCUGCGUCUACCUGUCCUGGUUGGAACCCAUCAGCAUAUCCCUGGCGAGCUUGGCUGCCCUGGGGAUGCUGCUCACCAUCUCGGUCCUGGUCGUGUACAUCCGGCAUGGUGACACACCCAUUGUCAAGACUGCUGGUGGGUUCAUAUUCUACUGCAACAUGGCAGGCUUCCUGUGCGCUUUCUCCAGCACCCUCUUGGUCAUAGGAGAACCCACUAGCCUGAAAUGCAAACUCCAGAAACCAGUGUUUGGGAUCAGCUUUGCUCUCUGCCUCUCCAGCGUGCUUGCCAAGACCGUCCAGAACCUCUGCUCCUUUGAAAGUCCUGUAGGGAGGCCAAGCAAGCUCCAGAUGAGACUCUAUCUCAUUAUCAUGGGAGUGGGGCCCUUUAUCCAGUGUCUCAUCUGCAUGCUUUGGGUCUAUCUAGAUCCCCCGGAUGCCAGGAGAGUUUACCCAGCGGGGGAGCCCCAUAUACUCCUGGAAUGCCACGGAGAUGCAGGUCUGGGCUCCUCUUUUGUUAACGGGUACCUGUGUUUCCUCGCUUUCUGUGCCCUGGCGUGUGCUAUGAAAAGCCAGUCCCUGCCAGCCAACUUCAACGAUGCCCAAGCCAUUGCCUACGCCAUGAUGAUUUUCUUCGUCACCUGGCUUGCCGUCACCCCUGUCCUGCACUCCAGGAGAAGGAAGAUGGUGAAUGUCGUCCUAGGCGUCGUUAUCCUGUUAUCCGCCUACAGCUCCCUGGCCGCCUUGUUCCUCUACAAAUGCUAUGUCAUCCUCUUCCGGCCAGAGCGCAACACAGCCGAGUGGAUCAAGAAGUCCACGUACGAGUACUGCCAGAAGAUGGCCGAAAAGGCCAAUCUCGCUAUCCAGAUGGAGAGCAGCAUUGCCACAGUAGAUACGUCUAUACCCUGAACCAGCCCCUCCUGCUCGCCUUGCAAAGGGACAAUGCGGAAAGCAUAAUCCACAGGAGGCCGUGAGCUAUCUAUGGCGUGGUGAUGAAAAAGCAUUGGAUAGAUGGUUUAUCAGGUGACUUCCCCAUUCCUCCUCCCCUAGUUGGCUUAGAUCACAGAUGGGGGGUAGUGGAAUUCUGCUCCAUCCCAAGUAUAGUCUAGUGAUUUAGAGCAGCGCAUUAAGAGCUGGGAACUCCUGGGUUCUAUUCCCAUCUCUGCCACUGAUUCACUCUGUGACCAGGAUCAAGUCACUUACCCGCCCCAUGCCUCAGUUUCCUCCUCUGUAAAAUAGGCUUAGUAAUACUCAACAUGCCCCGGGGUGUAGUGAGGCUUAACUAAAAGUGCAAAGGGGUGUUUAAGUGUUCUGAGAUCCUUGGUACAAAUUAUGAUCCACAUUCUUCCCUGGGGUUAAAAAGUGAAUUUGCCCCCAUAUCCCUAGCAGUUACCUAUGUCACAAACUCAUCAGCAGUCAUUUGCGUUCUUCAAGUGCCUUUCCAAGUACUUUCACUCCACUGACACCGCAGGCUCUCUCUUUUAGGAUGAGUUCCACUGUGUCAAUCCCCUUGGAUCUGGCAGUUAUCAAAUAAGUGUUUGACUCUGCAUUCAAGGGGACUGCCAUCUCCCCCUCUUCUUCUGCACUGCGAGGGAGGGUGGGGAAGGGAAGGGUAAGAAAUCCCUAGUAGUACUCCCUCCUACUCCUGCUGCUCCCCACAGUGGUGAACAGGAAAGGGAACUUUUCCAGGAAAGCACUUUCCUGUUACAACACUUUGUACUUAUAGUGGGUGUUUCAUCUGUACAUCUUCAAAGCACUUUGCAAAAGGUAGGAAAUCCUGAUGGUUGGACUGGGAGUCAGAAGAUCUGGGUUCUGUUCCUGUCUCGGCCACAGACUCCCUGUGUGACCUUGAGCAUGUCACUAAAUCGCUCUAUGCCUCAGUUUCUCCAGCUGUAAAAUGGGGAUCAAAAGACUGCCUUUCGCUCAUCCGUUAUCUGUCUUGUCUAUUUAGAUUGCAAGCUCUUCAGGGCAGGCGCUGUCUUUUACAGGGUGUGUGCGCGCAGUGUCUGGCACCAUGGGGCCCUGAUCUCAGGCAGGCCCUCUUGGCACUACCAUAAUCCCAACAUUAGAUUAUGAUGAUCCCUACUUCACAGUGAUGCGGGUGACCCCGCAGUGGAUCCGGGGCAGAGCCAGAGCUAAAUUCCAAAUCUCCCGACUCCCGUUCGGGUACCGUGGGCACUGGGCCACACUUUCUUUCCUUAGAGUUUUGGGGAAACUCCACUUAGACUGUACUGAGGUUUGGGGUGGGAGUGGGGGUGACUCUGUAGGCCUCCAGUGACCCCCAACAGCAAUGUCUGAGAGCUAGCGCCAUCCCCUUUAUUUCACCGGUAGCCUUUUCGUCAGUGUCCUGUUGGCGAAAUACUUGCUCAGCACAAAGACACUGGUAAAUAUUGAACUGCAAAACCAGCGUCCACAGCACUGCCGUGCUGCUGGCCAACCUACUGGCAGAGGGCAGGAGAGUGGAGCUGCUCUUUUAAUCCUCUUGUUCUUGCAGCAGUCCUAUAUUAAUAGGUUUGUAGCCCCACCACGUGUCGUCUGAGGGAAUUGCAUGUCUAUGCACUUACGUUCCAGCUUUGGGCAAAUGCUGGGACCCCAUCGAAUGUGCCUCAUUUGAUUCAGCAGUGACAACACUGCAUUAAAUGGGCCAACUAUACAUCUGGCACCAUGCCACUGGCUUCAUUCGGAGUUAUGGCAGGGGUGAAUUUGGCCCAGCAUCUGGUAAAGAGAGAGGCUUCGGGACCCUUAUAUACUAAAUUGACCAUAAGCCUACCUUCAGCCAGUGAGGCUGAGUGAGUCUAACUGAAAACCAAGGGAGGUUUCAAGGGGAAGAACCUUGACAGGCAGAUGUGGUCUCAAGCUCUCUAGGUUGUAAAUGUUUCAUAUUUAAGAGUCUCGUGGAGGAUGUGUUAAUACGGUAAAUGCUAUCGCUUCAUGGAAUAGAUCAAUAAAGGCAGAGUACACUAGAACAAGUCUGAAUCAGUGAGUUUAUUCCUGAUCCUUCACUUUCUCAUGGUAACACUCUGCAUUUCUCUUCCUUUGUCUGGCCUUCUCUCUGCAUUACUGUCCUGUUU